UUUGGUGGCCUCAACAUUAUCUUCACUGGGGAUUUCAUGCAACUCAAGCCAAUGAGUGCGCUUCCUCUGUAUAGUCACCAGCUUCUACAUGCACACAACCUUCACACCACUCAAUUGAUCAAAGGUCAGAAAGCUAUCACAGGUGCCUUUCUAUGGCAACAACUCACACAUGCCGUCUUCCUUCAAACAAACCUGUGCCAAUCC